AACACAAUAUUAUAAAUAGAAAUCUUUUCAUCAUGCAUUUCAUGCCUUUUACUUUUACUGAAUUAUAAUAUAAUAAUAGAUCUAGACUAGAUCUAGUAAUUAAUAGACUACUUCUCUAUAUAUACUAUAGUCUAAAUGAUAGAUCUAGAAUCUAGAUUUUUAUUAGAUUCAGAUAGACUAGACUAGACUAGAGACUAGAGUUAGGAUAGGGCUGAUAUUAGUAGUGAUAGGGCUAGGUUAGAGUUACUCAGUUAAGUUAGGGCUAGGUAGAUCUAGUAGGGACACUAGAUCUAUUUACUAUCACAAAAACACUAUAACUAUUACUAGGCUAGGGCUAGGGUAUCAACUUCUGAGACUUCUCAUCAAUUCAAUAUUAAUAUAGAAAACUUAAAAUGAGUUCAAAUACAGCUAAUGAAAAGCUUUCUAUUCCGUAUGAGGCAAUAGAAAACCACAUACUCUGCAGCAUUUGUCUUUCUGUGAUUCGGGGAGCUGUGCUGACCCCCUGCGGCCAUCACUAUUGCUCAAAGUGUAUAACAGAAUGGGUUGGCCAGAAGCACUCCUGUCCCUGUUGUAACAGUAGCUUGACAACAGAACAGUUCUAUUACAAUGUCCAGUUUGAUGCCUUGAUUGAUGAGAUCUUGAUACUUAGAGACAAAGCAGAAGAAAAUUACUAUGAAAAAAUGUUCAAUAGCAGUCCAGAUGUAGAAAUUUUGACUACUUCACCAUUUGAAGCCAUUCUGAAAAGGCACUUUAAAGCCAGUUUACUUUACCAUCAGAGAUACUAUGAGAAACUUCAGCAAGAAUUACACCAAAAGCUGCAGUGUUUAGAGAUGGGCCUCAGCAUGAAUCAUCAGCCAAUGGAAGGUGUUGAGUCUGUGAAAGAAAGGUUACGGGAAAACCUUGCCCAGAGUGAACAACUUGUAACUGAAGCGUUUGACAAAUUUUUAACUGAGCACAUUCCCAGUUUGGACAUUAUACCAGUCAGUAUUAGUGUGUAUAUCCCUAACAAAGAUCUCAGGAUACAUGAUGUCAUAGUGAAACCAACUGAUCUACUUUCAGACUUAAAGCCUAGAAUAGAACUAGCCAUGCAGGAGAGAUGUGAUGACGUUAUUAGUUGGAAUGAUGACACAGGAGUUCGAUUACUAUUUGGACCUCUGUCAAAGACUGUAUCGUAUGAUGUACCUGAAGUCUUGAACAAUUUACACAAUCUAGAUGAUGUGCAUUCUUUAUUGUGGGAUACCAGACCUAUAUUACAAUAUAAAAUGAGACCAGGCAGUGAGAUAGUACUUCAGGAUGUGUUCAAGUCCCAGAGUGACAUACCUAAACGCUGUUUUGUCAAUGUCUUUGAUGAAAAUACAACACAGACUGUGGAUUACUUUUCUUGCAAUAAAUGUAGUGUCAAAUGGAUCUGUAAAUCCUGUAUACAGUGCUGUCAUGCAGGCCACAGUGUCACACCAUUUGUCAUGAACCACAGACCUAAUUGGGCCUGCUGCUAUUGCCCCAAGAGGAAAUUGUGCAGAAUUCAAGACAAAUAAUGAUGUAAAUAGACUGGCAUUCCUUGAGACUUUUGUUUACUCAUUAUUUUAUUUAUUUUUUAUCUAUUUUUUUAAUAUCUAUUUUUAUUAAAUAAAGUAACUUCUGUAAUUAUUGUCAUAAUUAAAUAAUGGUAGUAGUGAAGCAUGCCUAUUUUAAUUUUUUUAAUUACAUCUUUUUUUUUUUUAAGGUUAUUUGAAUUUUAGUAAAAUGAAUAUCAAGUGUUCAAAUUUUAAAAAAAAAAGGCUUUUAUUUAGAAUGUGAUUGAAUGUUGUGAUUGUAUCAAAGAGUAUUGUUAGUAUGAUUUAAUUCCCUGUGGUUGUAUCUAGACAUUACUAUGUCAGUGAUGUUGGCUUAAGUCAACCCAAUAACAAUUGUGACUAUUGUCAUCCAUGUUUUAAACUAUUUUAACAUUUUUGUUUCUAAUAGUCACUCUCCCUACUUCAGAAAAGUGAAGAAAAAAAAUCAUUAAUGAUAUUUUUUUUUUUUACUCCAAAGUGCCAUUACCCUUAUGAGAUCUGUUUCUUCUUGGAAGCGUAAACAUAAACAUAGAGCUGAAGCUAGGUGCUGAAACAAAUGAUACAUACAUAUAUUAAACAUAAAUGAAUAACAGCACCAGGGACCAAGUUUUUAAGAGAGAAAGUAGUGAAUUAAAAUGCUACGAAAAUAAGGACAUGCGCCGACCGAGCGAGGGUGGGGCAGGGGCUAUCUGGGGCUUGUGACCUUUGACCACUGGGGUGGUAAUUUGCAUACGGGCGAAAUGACUCUGGAUCAGAAGAAUGUUUUUUUUGAAAUUCCGAUAGUCUAGAAACUAGUUUCGCUUGGUGCGUUAUCGCUAGGCGGUGGUGUUGAAUCCAGUGUCACAGGUUCGAGCCUCGGUCUGCGCAUGCCCUUAUUUUUGUAGCAUUUUAAUUCACUACUUUCUCUCUUAAAAACUUGGUCCCUGGUGCUGUUAUUCAUUUAUGUUUAAUAUAUGUAUGUUCUUCUGGGAAGAUUAUAUUUUCUUCUCCAAUAUACCAGCAAAGGUAUCAGUCAUCCGUUUAAUAAAUGUAAGAUUUUGUCAUAUUUUUGUCCACAUUCUUUUUUUUUUUGUUUUUACCAUUCCUUUUAAGGUUUAUGUUUUUAAUUGGUUAACAAUAAGUUUUAAAAAAAAUACAGCAUUGAAUACAUUUUUAUCAUACUGCUAUUAAAAGUUUGUCAACUUAAUAUUUACUUUUUAGAAUUUAAAUAUCAGAAAGAUAAAAGUGCGAAGGUGAUCCGUGUUUUGAAAGGAGAUUAGGAAAUGAUUAUAAUUCCGUUUUCAUACUGUAAGCUCUAGCUAGUAAAAAUGAGUUACUUGGUUGUUGUGUUUUUUUUUCAAGUUUGUCAAGAGUUAAAUCAAAAGACAAUGAUUAUGACAAAUAAUUUUUGAUCUAUUGUUAUUGAUUAUGUGAUGCUAAGUGGAAAAAAAACAACUUUUUUUUUUUUACAGUAAACAUGAAUGUGUACAAAUAAAGUUUAUUGUUGACUCACCAAAGCAUUGUUGAGUAGUGAUGUGGUUAAAUUAUUAUUAUCUAAAAGACAGUGUGUUGUGUAUUACAUAAAUAUGUAAAAUUUACAUUUUAUUAUUCCUUAUGUAUAUACUAAAUAACUCAUAAUAUUAUACUAGACAAACAUUUAUAGUCUUUCAUGCUGUCCCAAUGCAACAAGCCCUUGCAGUUUAGAUAUAUGAGUAAAAUUAUAUGCAUCGCUUGUGAUUUUUUUAAAUAACUGGAAAUUUAUUUUCUUAAUUAAGUGUACACUCCCCCAGUAAACCUUAGUUUUAUCAGCCAGUAAACCAUGGUUUUAUUUCUACUGUUGAGAGAUUUAAAAUUUAAGUAAAAUGCAAAAUAAAUAAGAACAAUGUUUAAAAAAAAAGUUUCUUUUAUUUUUACAAUGUUUUUAAACAAUGUCUUGACACGAAAAUAAAAGAUUUAUCAAAAGACUUAAUUUUAAUUCUUGUAUUCUUGCUUAUUCUAAAUCUGUAUGGGGUGUGGUGACCAAUUGGUAAAGUGCUUGGCUUCUAAAACCAAAGUGUCCUGAGUUUGAAUCCCCUUUUUUUCUUUUUUUUUUUUUUUUUGCAAUUAAAUUCUCAUAUGUUGGAGCAAAUAUGUAAACAUGAAAACAACAAAUAUAACCUCAUUUUGAAUUAAAUAUCAAAAAAAUUUUAUGAUUAUAUUUACCUUUUCAGUAUCUACAUUUUUAAAUGAUUCAAAUGUAUAACUUGAUAUUUAAAAUUUUCUUCUGAUAAAAUAAUUUUCAAUAAUUCAACAUAGGAUAUAAUUUAUCUUACAGAGGGGUGAUGUCGUGCGCAUCUUGAGUGAUGUUUUCUUUUGUGCGCAAUAAUUUACUUUUGUUUCUAAGGACGUGCUUUUGUUGAUGUCCUUCGCUUCCUUGCUUCUGUUGUGGCUGUACUGAUGGCAGAUCUUUGGUUGGAGUUGUUUUCUUUGGUACAUACAGGUCUGUGUUGACCUUUGGACGAUUUAAAAAUAUAUUUUAUUAAAUUAUUAUAGUUGUCUUUCUUUCUAA